AUGUUGGAUAACGACAUUGGCGCUCUUCUUGACUGGUCAGUUCUUGAGCCAGGUUCGUCAAAACCAUCAGAAAGUGAUCGCAAAACAGUUGUUGUUGAGGUUGGGGGCAUGAAAUGUCUUGCUUGCGUUAAUAAUAUUCAAGACAAUGUUGGAGUAAAAGAUGGUAUAUACAAUGUUAAUGUAUCGCUGGAAAAGUGUGAAGCUGUGAUUGAAUUUGACUCAGGCAAGUGGAAAGUCGACGAUGUAAUGAAUAUGGUCAGUGGUAUGGAAUUCGAUGCCAAGUUAAAAUAUAUUAGUGGUAUAUGGCUAUCAUUAGAUGUUAGUUUACUCAUUGAUAAAGCUGAUUCGAUUCUCAAAGAAAUUGUUCUGCAAAUUGAUGGAAUGACAUGUCAUUCUUGUGUCAAUAAUAUUGAAGAAACUGUUGGCCGUAAUGAUGGUAUUCAGUCGAUCAGCGUUUCUUUGAAUCUUUCUGAAGGUAAAAUUGUUUUUGAUUCUUCGAAAUGGUCGAAAGAAACUGUUGUUGAAUUAGUUGAGAAUAUGGGUUAUGAUGUUAAAGUUUUGUCAGUGAAUGGUUUGUUUUUUUUACAACAAUUGCUUUAUAUAUUAUUAUUAUACUAUUAUUAUGAUAACUCUAAAGUACUUUCUUCUUGUACGAAUUCUUCAGAAAAAUACUCAAAUCUUCAAUCUGUUUUACGCAAAAAGAAAAUUGAUGAUUUAGAGGAAAUUAAUUUAAACUUGGAAAAAGAAGUUGUGCAAAAGAAGAGUGCGAAAUUCAGGUCUUUAGUGGACGAUAAUAUUGACAAAUGUACCUUAUCAGUGGAAGGCAUGACGUGUACGUCAUGUGUUGCAUAUAUUGAACGAAACAUCGGCAAAUUAAAUGGAAUUAAUUCUGUUACUGUGGCUCUUAUGGCAUCGAAAGCAGAAAUCACUUAUGAUAGUAAUUUAAUUGGAAUUUCUGAAAUUAUACAAAAAAUCAGCGCUUUGGGUUAUCAUUCAGAGCUUAUCGAUAACGGUUUCAGCAAUCACAGUAAAAUUACACUCAAAAUCAAUGGAAUGUCUUCGUCGAAUUGCUCAUCGCGUGUUGAAUCUCAUAUAAUUGCAAGAAAAGGUAUUGAAUCUUGUUCUAUAUCACUGGCUACGUCAUUGGCUUCUGUUGAAUAUACGCCAGCAUUUAUUGGGCCAAGAGAUAUCAUUAAAAUCAUUGAAGAUCUGGGUUAUUCUGCCACUUUAGUAAAUCGCGAUGAUCGAGUGAAGUACUUGGAUCAUUCUGAAGAAGUUGCCAAAUGGAUGAAAUCGUUCCGCAUAUCACUUAUUUUUGGCAUACCUGUCAUGAUAAUUAUGGUGUAUUUUCAUUGGCUUCAUCACACUCAUUCGAAUCCAUCUCAUCAAAUACCUAUAUUUUUUCCGGCAAUCAGUUUAGAUAAUUUAUUAUUAUUGAUUUUGUCUACUCCAAUACAAAUUAUUGGUGGUCGUUAUUUUUAUGAGCAAAGCUGGAAAGCUCUUCGGCACAGAGCGGCAAAUAUGGAUGUUUUAAUUGUUUUAGCAACAACAAUUUCAUAUUUAUAUUCUGUCUUCGUAUUAUUAUUCGCAAUAGUUUUGAAAUGGAAUAGCAGCCCAAUGACUUUUUUCGAUGUUCCUCCAAUGCUAAUUGUGUUUGUUUCACUUGGCCGGUGGCUGGAGCAUAAAGCGAAAGGCAAAACAUCAGAAGCUUUAAGUAAAUUAAUGUCUCUACAAGCUAAGGAAGCUUUACUAGUUACACGCGAUAAUCAAGGAAGGAUUCUUUCUGAAAAGGGCAUCGACAUUGAAUUGGUACAAAGAGGCGAUCUUGUUAAGGUUGUUCCAGGCUCAAAAAUUCCUAUUGACGGUAUUGUAGUUGAUGGUAAAAGCACUGUAGAUGAAUCAUUUAUAACUGGUGAAUCUAUGCCGGUUAUUAGGAGAGAAGGUAUACGUCCAUGUUAUUUUUAUCUUAAUAAAUUUGACUUGAGAUCUCCAAAAUCAACUUUUCUAUUUUGA